AUGGAUAACUCUCUGCCGCGGUCUUUGCCUGUUCAUCCGAUUGACAAAUAUGGUCCCAAGUUCGUCGAAAAGGCUGACAAGUUACAACACCAAGUCGCUAAGAAGGACGAGUCAAAACCUGCGGGAGGCUUUGAUGCAACGCCACUCCCCCAUGUGCCGCCAGGCUAUACCCUCAAGAUAACCUUCCAUCGCGCGGAGGACUUGCCCAUCGCGGAUUUUGGCUGUUUCUCCUCCGAUCCCUAUGUCGCCGCGCAGAUGGUGGUCGACCUGCCGAAGCGCCAUAAACAAGACCCGGCCGUACGGUUUCGCACUCCGACAGUACGCAAGGAUAUGAACCCCAAGUGGGAGUGCGAAUGGGUUGUCGCAAACGUCCCGGCUUCGGGGUUUAGUUUGAAGUGCUAUCUCAUGGAUGAAGACCCCGCAGACCACGAUGAUAAGCUGGGUAUCGCGUUCAUCGACGUCCCCGCGCUAUCAGAGGAUUGGGCUGGCUUCAAGGAGAAGAGCUUCAAGGUUAAGAAGCGCUUUGGGAGCAAGCGUGUCUACGUCUUUACUAACGUCUCUGCUUUUGCCACUGGGCAUCACAAGGAGUCUUGGUUGGUAGUCAGUAUCGAGUGCCUCGGCAAGACUCCCGGUACCGAAGGCGGUCAUAUGUACACGGCUGGGCCCAACCAUUGGUUCAAGCACUUUUCCCCUAUGAUCGGGCGGCUGGCUGGCAUCAAAGACCAGGUUCAAAGCACAGAUGGCAGCGGCAAGGCCAUCAGUCGGUAUAACUUCCAAGCCAUUCAGAUGCAGCUCACAGGUCCCGUUCCAUCAGAGCUAUAUCACCGCUAUGUCGAGUUCAAACCAUUUGUGGCGGGCAUGUUUCAGGCGCAAAGUCUACGAGGACGAAUUCUACACAAAGCGCUCCGUCACCAACACCAGCGCAUCUACAACUUUGACCGCACUACCUUGCAUGGGUCUUUCCUCACCCCCUGUCGUGAGUUUUCUCAGAAAUUCUUGGAGUUUGCACACUAUGGGCAGGGUGGCCGGAUCUUCACCUAUGUGCUCACCUUGGACGGACAACUCCGCUUCACCGAGACCGGCAAAGAAUUUGGCAUCGAUAUGCUGAGCAAGCAUACCAUGCACAGUAAUGUGUCCAUCUACAUCGCAUACUCGGGUGAAUUCUUCCUGCGACGGCGCAAUCGUCAUCGGCGCAACUCCCCUGAAGGCCACACCGAAUGCGCCGAGACUGCAGAAUCGAGCACGGUUCCUACCGACAAGUUCCCCGUGGGGGAAGAUGAAACUCACAACGAAGACAAGGAUCUGCAGCAGACUGAAGAAGGUGUUCUAAUCUCGACCGAUCCAGCUGACUACGAGCUUUUCAUCGAUAACGACAGUGGUACCUACCGUCCCAAUCCCGAGAAACUUCCACUCCUACGGGAAUUCAUAUCUUCUAACUUCCCGGGUCUCCACGUUACCACGUUAGACUGUCAGGGGGAUGCGGAGCGGAUGGGCAAGCUCAAGGAAGAGCAGCGCGAAUUGAAGAAGAACGAAAGCAACGGCAUUACUUUCCUACAACAAAGCAGCACGUCUUCCCUAUCGAUUUCCAGUUCGGACGAAGACGAGCUCAACGAACGCAGUGGCUACCCAAAGGAACGGGGAGAUCUUUCUCGACGAGUUCACGAGAUGCGCGAUCUGCGUGGACAGGUCAUGAGAUGGGUAGAAGCCGAUGAGAAACCAGAUGGCCAUAAGCACAAGCAUCGCUACUUUUCUGGGCGCGAGCGUCCCUUGUCGUCUGGUGCCGUCGAAUCCACUCGCCCCGAGCCCAAUGAAUCGAUCACGCCUAACCCCAAUCACGGGGCUCCUGCAGGUCAACUCGCGGCUUGA